GUCGCAGGGCUCAGACUCUGGGGUGGAGAUCUACGAGCCGUUCUUCACACAGGGAGAGACAAAGAUCCUGAAGCUGAAGAAUCUGCGGCCGCAGGACUACGCCGACUACACCUGCUUCUCCUCCGUCAGGAACGUCUGUGGCAUUGAAGACAAGAGCGCCCACUUCGCUCUGAGCAACAGGACAGGUCUCCGUAAAGGUCGCUUUUGGAUCACACCUGACCCUUACCACAAUGAUGACAAUAUCCAGAUUGGACGGGAGGUGAAGAUCAGCUGCCAGGUAGAGGCCACGCCCCCAGAGGAGCUGCAGUUCGGCUGGCUGAAGAACGGGCGGCCUCUGAGGAGUUCAGAGCGGAUGGUCAUCACCCACACCGACACAGAUGUGUCGCCGGGAACCACCAACCUCGACAUCAUCGACCUCAAGUUCACCGACUUUGGCACCUACACCUGUGUGGCGUCACUGAGGAACGGAGGAACCCCGGAGAUUAGCAUUGACGUCAACAUCUCAUCCACCACAGUUCCUCCGGAGCUCACCGUCCCCAGGGGCCGUUCUCACCUCAUCGCUCAGGAAGGCGACACCGUAGACCUGCAGUGCCUGGUCUCUGGAAAACCCAAACCCAUCAUCCUGUGGUCUCGGGUGGAGGAGAGCGGGGCGGCGGCGGCGGCAGCGGCGCUGAUGCCGGACGGCUCUGUUCAGACGGAGAGCUACGACGGCAUCCUGAGGAUCAGCAACGUGAGCAGAGAGAUGAGCGGGACGUACCGCUGCCAGACGAGCCAGUACAACGGCUUCAACGUCAAACCCAGAGAGGCCUUGAUACAGCUGGUGGUGCAGUGUGGGUAA